AUGGGCUCCGAUGAGGGUUCCAUCCACUGGGAGAGCAAGCCAAAGACGCAAAGUUUUCCUCUGGAGCCUUGCGACGUGGAAGGAACAGUUUCUGUUCACUGGAUGGAGCAGUUGAGACACAAGAUCCUUCUGCUACGGCUGCAGCGGCCCUACUUCAUCUACUGCCUAAUCUGCUCAGUCUUGGCGGCUGCCGCCUUUUUGUCCACACUGGUGGACUUGUGGAAAUCCGGGAAUACAAAGGGUUGGCAUGACAUUCUGGAGGGUGGAACCUGGCAAAGCGGAUGUUGGUCCGUGGUUACGUUUGCUCUCUUUGCAGAGGUCUUGUCCAACAUCUUUGUGAGAGGACUAUCCUUCUCGCAUGACUGGUGGAGCCUUUUCGACGCUGUACUGCUUGCACUAACAGUCUUGGCAUGGGCAGUGAUGCAUUUGAGAAGAGCAUCUGUGAUGCGAGAAGAGGCUGAAGAAGCGGAUUUGUGGCUCCUGUUCCUUCGCUUCCUCCUACAGCCUUGCCGUGUGCUUGCAGCCGCAGCUGCAGUCCGAAAGGUACAGCAGAUGCAGCGCGGCUGUGUGGACAUUCGCUUCGAUGGCCUUGACAAGCGGGAGGUGCCGGACUCCCGCGAUGUGCGAAAUGACGUUAUCCACCCUUCAAAUCCGUCUCCGCGUGACAUGGAGCUUGUAAGCAAGAUGGUCUGA